AUGGUACAAGAGGAUUUUUUUCACAUGGUGGACAUGACACUUGUCAAUGCUUGGUUGUUAUGGCGCCGAAUCAAUGCUGACUCAUACAUGCCACUUUAUGAUUUCAAACUGGCCGUUUCCGAACAUUUGCGUAAAGCAGGAAAAGCAGUUAUGACCAAGAAACGUGGUCGUCCAUCGAGCAUUGUUGGAACUCCGACAUCCAGCCGGGGUGGCACUCCCUCCCGUAUUCCUGAAUCUCCAGUUCCCGCAAAAAAGACACGAAAAACGCCAGCUAGGCAUCAAGACUUGCCUUUGGCGUCCGUGCGUACCGAUGGGAUUAGCCAUUUUCCGAUUUGGAAGAAGAAUGCCCGACAAAUAUGCCAAAAUUGUUCUAAAUUUCGUUCUUUUACUUUAUGUGAAAAAUGUAAUGUUUAUUUGUGCUAUAAUGACAAACGCAACUGUUACAAAGAAUUUCACGAGGAAUAA